AUGCCCUUCACUACCUCUCUGACUUUGCUGCGACUUAUGAGAAUUCUCAAGAGUCGCACCAAUAUAGCUUUGCCUUCUCUCCCUCGACUCGACGCGCUCUUUGAUGCUUACCCUCUUUUUCCACCCUCUCGUCUCCCUGUUGCCCUCCCCCACCCACUUCUGCAGCACAGCAAGGCAUCAUCGCCACCUCCUUCCUCAGAGAUCACCGAGGCCCUUCACUACCUCUGUGACUUUGCCUUCUCUCUCUCAACUCAAUCUUUGACCCUCUUUUCCUCCUCCUCGUCUCCCCAUUGCUCUCCCCACAGCCAGCUUCUGCCUCUGAGAUUAUUGAAGCCCUCCAAUACCUCUGUGACUUCGCCUUCUCUCUCGACGCGCUCAAAGCGAACACCGAUGCAGUCAGCAGCAACGGUGAAUGUUCAGGGGAAGAUUCUUCAAACGAAGCUGGAGGAAGUUGCGUGGAAGUAUCUCUGGGGCGCGUAUCUUGGAGGAAGGGGGUGUGCUCGUGCUGCUGCUGCUGCUGCUGCUGCUGCUGCUGUUGCUGGUGGUGGUGGUACUGGUGGUGAUAAUACUGCUGGUGGUGAUAGGACUAGCAGGAGCAGGGGUAGCAGAAAUAGAGGCAGCAACAGUGGUAGCAGCAGUGAUGGUUUGCCACCCUGCCCUGUGUGUGAUUGUGGAGUCAAGCCGGGCAGGGGAAAACAAUCUGGGUGCCCGUUGUGGGACGGGCUGCUUGGCCAGAAAAUGAAUUUCGGGCAGGUGCUGCUCGAAGAGAUUCUUGCGGUGCAUGGAGUGAGCUCGGGCAGCACGGGCAGCAAAGAUGUGGAUGGCGUGGCGUGGAUCCCUCUGCUUCGGGCAGUUGAUGCUUCUUUUGGUCUUCGGUCAGCAAUCUAUGAAGAGAAAAUGAAAGGCAAGCUUCCCCUCGACAACACACAGUUCGAUACAAUCUCCGACAUAAUCGGCCCUCCAAUCACCCUGCCACCACCCCUCACUUCUGUUUUCGUUUUGUUUUCUUCCGUCUUUCCUGCAGGCAAGCUUCCCCUGGAUAACACGCAGUUCGAUACGAUCUCGGACAUAAUAGGCCCUCCAAUCACCCUGCCACCACCCCUCACUUCCUCCUCCUCCUCUGACCCAUCCACUACCAGCAACACCACAGCAGCGAACCACCCCCCUUCAGCAGAAGACUUCCCCUCCCUCACUCCCUCCCUCUCUGCCUCCGCUGAUGCUGAGUCAGCAGCCCUCGAGCAAUCCAAGAUCUCGCUCGUGCGAGAUAUUUUCCCGGAUUUCGGGGAGGGCUUUGUGGGUGCGUGUUUGGAGGCGUAUGGGGGGGAUGCAGAGGCGGUGAUUCAGCAUGUACUGGAGGGGAGUUUACACCCGGAUUUAGCUAAGUUAGACACUCAGCUGAAGGUGAAGCCAGGGAAGGCUGGUGCGGGUGGUAAGGGGGAUGCUGCUGCUGCUUCUGGUGCUGUUGGUGCUGCUGGUGCUGUUAGUGCAGCUGGUGGUGGUGCUGCAAGUGGGGCAGCAGGUAAAGGAAAGGGCAAGGCAGUGGUUGCAGAGGGAGGAGAGGAGGACGAGGAGGAUGAGGAAGGGGGUGCAAGGGGGUGGGGAGGGGUUGUGGACCAGCAGAGAGAGGUGGAGAGGAAGCUGAGAGGAGAAGGGUCCAGUGCGGUUGGGGAGGGUGGGAGCUCGUGGGCAGGCAUUGCAAAAACUACCACCACACCCACUACAGCCCCUGCUACAGCCGCUGCUACAGCCGCUGCCUCUGCUGCUGCUCCUGCUGGUAGGUUCGUCCGGAGCAAGAGGGAGGAUGAGUCGGUGGAAGAGGAGGUUUGGAAGCGAGGUUCGGCAGCAGGCACGGGGAGCAGGAGGGAGCAGGAGGCAGUGAAGCGGUUUGUGUUUGAGUCGCAGUUUGAGUACGACGAUGAGUAUGACGACUCAUUUGAUGAGCUGGAAGGGUAUGACGUGGCAGGAGGUGCGGGGAGCAGUGAGGUUGAGGAGGUGGGGACGAGGUUUGCUGCACGCGCUGCUGCUGGUGGUGCUGGUGGUGCUGGUGGUGCUGCUGGUGCUGGUGGUGCUGUUGGUGCUGGUUUGAAGGGGCAGCAGGUGCAGCAGCAGGGGUUGCAUGGGGGGAGCAGAGGAGGAGGAAGAGGUGGAGGAGGAGGAGGAGGAGGAGGAGGAAGAGGGGGAGGGUGGUCAGGCGGAGGGGGGUUAGGGGCGAGUGGUGGAGGGUUGGAGGAGGAAGGGGAGGAAUUGGGCCAGGAGGUGGGGGGAGAGGUUGGAGAGGAGGGAGAGGAGGAAGAGGAGGAGGUGGGGGAGGGCGGGGAGGAGGGGGAAGGGGAGGGAGAGCUGGGAGGGGAGGGGGGAGGGGAGGGGGAAGUGGAAGAGGGUGGGGUGGUCAGGAAGGUUCUGGGAGCCGUGGUGAUGGUGCUGCUGCUGCUGCUGGCGGUGGCAGUGGCAGUAGUGGAGGGGGAGGAAGAGGACAGUCAUUCUUCUGCAGGUUGGAUCCAGGGGAGGUUCAUCUGGUGGCUCUGGGGGAGGUUCUUUCGCCAGGCCCACAGCCGCGUCUACCACUAG